AUGUUCAAGCUGGUGAUGGCAUACCUGGUGACGUUGCUCGAGCUGAUGAAGGAGUACCCGGUGACAUCACACCGAGCCGGCGUGGUGACGAUGCUCGAGCUAAUGAUAGACUACCCAGUGACAUCGCCUGAGCUGGCGCAGGUGUGCCCAGUGACGAUGCUCGAGCUAAUGAUGGAGUACCCAGUGACAUCGCCUGAGCUGCCACGGGUGUGCCUACUGGUGUCGCCCGGGCCGGGCGCAGUGACUUCGCCCGAGCAAGUGCGGGUGUGGCCAGUGACGUCAACCGAGCGGGUGUGGGUGUGCCCGGUGACGUCCCAUUUGCAAAGUUAUGUCACCCGGGCAGGUGCGGGUGUGUCCAGUGUCGUCCACCGAGCCUGUGCAGACGUGCCCAGUGACAUCGCCCGAGCCGGCGCGAGUGUGGCUAGUGACGUCAACCGAGCGGGUGCGGGUGUGCCCGGUGACCUCCCUCGAGCUUGUGCAGAUGUGACCGGUGACGUCGCCCGAGCGGGUGCGGGUGUGUCCAGUGUCGUCCGCCGAGCCUGUGCAGACGUGCCCAGUGACAUCGCCCGAGCAGGUGUAGGUGUGGCCAGUGACGUCAACCAAGCAGGUGUGGGUGUGCCCGGUGACAUCGCCCGAGCCGGCAGGGGUGUGACUGGUGACGUCACCGAAGCCGGUGCACAUUUGCAAAGUUAUGACUCUCGAGCUGGCGCGGGUGUGCCCAGUGUCCUCCCUCGAGCUUGUGCAGAUAUGCCCAGUGACGUCGCCCGAGCGGGUGUGGGUGUGUCCAGUGUCGUCCGCCAAGCCUGUGCAGAUGUGCCCAGUGACAUCGCCCGAGCAAGUGCGAGUGUGUCCUGUGACAUCGCCCGAGCCGGCACUGGUGUGGACAGUGACAUCAACCAAACAGGUGUGGGUGUGCCCAGUGACAUCGCCCGAGCCGGCGCUGGUGUGGACAGUGGCGUCAACCAAGCAGGUGUGGGUGUGCCCGGUGACAUCGCCCGAGCCGGCGCGGGUGUGGCCAGUGACGUCAACCAAGCAGGUGUGGGUGUGCCCGGUGACAUCGCCCGAGCCGGCACGGGUGUGCCCAGUGACAUCGCCCGAGCCGGCGCGGUUGUGGCCAGUGGCGUCAACCAAGCAGGUGUGGGUGUGCCCAGUGACAUCGCCCGAGCCGGCGCGGGUGUGGACAGUGGCAUCAACCAAGCAGGUGUGGGUGUGCCCGGUGACAUCGCCCGAGCCGGCGCGGGUGUGACUGGUGACGUCACCAAAGCCGGUGCACAUUUGCAAAGUUAUGACACUCGAGCUGGGGCGGGUGUGCCCAGUGUCCUCCCUCGAGCUUGUGCAGAUGUGCCCGGUGACGUCACCCGGGCGGGUGCAGGUGUGUCCAGUGACCUCCCUCAAGCUUGUGCCGAUGUGCCCGGUGACGUCACUCGGGCGGGUGCAGGUGUGUCCAGUGUCGUCGCCCGAGCCUGUGCAGAUGUGCCCAAUGACAUCGUCUGAGCCGGCGCGGGUGUGCACAAUAAUAUCGCCCGAGCCGGGUGUGCAAGGUGUUUAGUGUCUUCUGAAAGAAGGAAGUGAAGUUCCAAGACAAAGGUGGGCCUCCAUCAUGUUUAUAGAAUACAUUCUGUUGUAUAGCUAAGUAUUCUGUAAAUAUUAUAAAUAUUUCACUUGAUACAACCUCAUGUUUUUAAAAGUUUACGAGCACUUCAUCAUUAAUAACUUUGUCAUCGUUUUUUUUUUUGUUGUUUUUUUUUACUUCAGUGUUUUUUUGUGAGUCCUUUUUGUAAAUACUCUCCUCGGUUUUUCCCAUCAAAUGGCUUCAAAAUGCAGUUUUUUCCUACUCGCUCCAAAUUAAACAUCAAAUAAUGUCCAAGUCA